UGCGAAACCUGAAAGAAAGGUUUUACCUAGUAAGACAGUAUAACAUUGUUCCUACGCAACGCAGAAUGUUGUGUACGAUAGUAAUGCGUUACGCGCCUGCUUGUGUAGCAACGUAAUUACUUUAAUUCUUUCAUUUUUUCACUGUCAAUGUUUCUUUUCAUGCAUUUUCGAAGGCAAUCAUUUUAUAGUGUAUUCAUUCGUUAUCCUAAACCAUGCGACAUCUGAGAUAAUUUGCUACAGAAUUGUAUUUUAUAGUUUUUCUGAAAAGUAGUCCAGGGACGUAAUGUGAUGCCCUUCGGUGAUACGAAAGUAUGCUGUAGCUGCUUUACAGCUUGCCAAUUAUUUUUUCUUUGUGGCGAAUGUAGCCUAUAAACUGUAGUAGCGUAUGUGUGAUUUUAUGUUCAAUUUGUUCAUUAGUUUUUCAGGGAAAGAAAGAAUGGUACAUGGUACCAUAUACAAUAAUGAACGAAUGUAAACAAUCGUCAUGACACAAAAGACCUGGUACCUAAACAAACUGUGUAAAUCCAACAAUAAUAUAAAAACAGGAAUAAAGGAGUAGAAAAAGGGAAACCAGAGAUUUGGAAGAGUUAAGCAAAGGAAAAAGGUAGUCAAAGGACAGAAGAGGGAAGCCACAGUCUUCAAGGUCUUCCUUAUGUUUGUAGGAAGUAAGAAGUUUAAAAAGGGCUGCCAGGCCAAAUACAAUUUUGCAGUUGAGCUACAGAGGGAAAACCUAUUUUUUUUCAAGGGGGAGAAAGAACAUCCCAUCCCUUACCCAGUGAGCGAAGCUGGGGUGCAACCAGUUGUUUCCAAUGGAGCAAAAUCAAACGUCUCCCUAGUAAGGUGGAAAAGGCCAGGGUGCCUAAUUGAAUAUUAGAUAAGAUGUGAUUAUGAGGGGCACCAAAGAUACGUAUAAGAGGAGAGGGCUCGAGGGGCACAUCUCAAACCUUUGAAAGAGAUUCACAUAUAGACUUCUAAACUGAUUCCAGUGCUGAAUAAGACCACAUAUACAUAUACAGAAUAUGUGAUUUUAGACAGCCACUGCUGGUGUGAUAAUUUUUCUUUGCCUUCACAGAAAUACUGUCCUCUUUGAGGGUGCCUUGUUGGUUUUGACAAGUCAUCUUUGCUUCAGUGCAGUUUGCCGUUAGUCGGCACUGUUCUCUGCCUUUUGCAGUCGUGGAGCAUAUUGUGAGACAUUGGACCCGAUGCAGCGGAGACACAGCAGCAACACUGAUGUCCUGCCGCCUGAAAGGACGCGGAGCCAGACGGUUGGCUCGGAGAACAGCCGGGAGGAAGGAGGUGUUUUUGAAUGCCUGAAGCCUGAAGCGCCUUCGCCCCAGCAGCUCUUCUCUGGGCUUGUUGGUGUCCCCUCAGGAAGUGUCACAGCUGCUCCUUUCCAGGCUGCAGGCCUGAUGCUAGGGUCACCGCCAGAGGUUUUCAUACAGAUGACGUCAUCUGGCAGGGAGGAGGGAGCCCAUCGCCCGGACAGCGCCUCUUACCUGCCCCGCCAGCCCCAGCAUCAUCACCAUCACCACUACCAUCAGCCUCCUCCUCACCGGUCCUCCCUGCUGCACCCUUGCGCUGCAGAUCGGCAUGGAAACGGGGAAGACAGCACGGAAGACCCCUCCACCCCUGCCCCCGCGCUCUCCGAGCUUCGCGCCGUCAUAUCUUGGCUCCAGAAGGGCUUCCCAUUCAUCCUCAUCCUCCUGGCCAAAGUCUGCUUCCAGCACAAACUGGGGAUUGCCGUGUGUAUUGGAAUGGCAAGUACAUUUGCUUGUGCAAACUCAACUCUGAAGCACCAGGUGUCUUUACGGGAAAAGAGAUCUGUAUUUGUCACCUUCUGGAUUCUGGCUUUCCUCACUGGGAACACUGUGUACCUCUACUACGCGUUUAGCACAGAGGAGCUAUACAACAGCCUGAUAUUUGUGAGGCCCAACCUCGCCAGCCUUGAUUUUUUUUAUUUGAUCUGGGUGGUUGGAAUCACUGAUUUUAUUCUUAAAUAUCUCACAAUUGGCCUGAAGUGCUUCAUUCUUGUCCUGCCACGAAUCUUACUAGCUUUCAAAUCCAGGGGUAAGUUCUACCUACUGAUUGAAGAGCUCAGUCAGCUGUUUCGAGCCCUGGUUCCUAUCCAGUUGUGGUACAAAUAUAUAAUGGGUGAAGACCCUUCUGGAAGUUAUCUCUUGGGGGGAGUGCUUAUUAUACUCUACAGUCUUUGCAAGUCCUUUGACAUUUGUAACCGAGUAGGAGCCAUCCGAAAAGCUUUCAAGAUGUUUUGCAGCUCUCAGAGUUACGGUGUGCGGGCCAGUAGCCAGCAAUGCAGUGAGGCAGGAGAUGUGUGUGCCAUUUGCCAGGCAGAGUUCAGAGACCCCGUAGCUCUCAUGUGUCAGCACGUGUUCUGCGAGGAGUGUGUGUGCCUGUGGUUCGACCGGGAGCGCUCCUGUCCCCUGUGCCGCUCGGCUGUCAUCGAGACCCUGCGCUGCUGGAAGGAUGGCACCACCUCUGCACACUUCCAGGUCUACUAGAGGACAAGCCAGUCGAGCGCCGGGGGCUCCGCCGUGGAGAAGUGUCUGCACCACCCCUCGACGCCAUGCGCUGAAAACACGCUACAGAGCUCAGACCCGCACGGACACACAUGGACUUGAAAGAGUAACACAAUAAUACAUAAUAAAAUAGAAACGCUUUUAGUCGCUCCUCACAGAAUACCAGGAGUCAAUGUAACGUUUUUGUUUUCCCAGACAACAUGAUCAGCUUUUUUGGGGGGGGGCAGAAUUUAAAACGCAUGGAUUCAACUUCACACACGGGAGUUAACUCUGUCUUGGCUCUUAUUCCAUUUAUGUUAGUCCUUUUUAAUUGUAGAAAAGAUGUAUUGUUAAUUUAUGGCUGAAAAAUGGUUGUCGGAAAGAAGAUUAACACGCUGAGUUUCAUUGCGUGUAGUUUUCAAAAGAGCACUGUUACAAUGUGACGAAUAUGCAUUGCAGCUUUAGACUGCACUACGGUCUUCGGUCCAUGCCUGUCCGUGUUACAUAAAGAAGGUAAUUAUUGGAACGGUAACUCACAGUGGAAGGGUUUUUUUUUCAGAAAAUAAAAAAUGGAAAUGU